AUGUUCCCCAGCGAAUUUUCGGCCCGCAUCCAACAUUUUCCCCAUUUUUUCCAACAGAAACGCAACGUGAAAUGCAGUGCUGAAAGAGUUCGAUUGCUCGAAAAUGGCGAGUUACCGGAACUCAAGUAUUUGGAUGGUUGUGAGAUUCGAGAAGCUGGUGAGGGGUGAGUUACUGUAGGAGGGUACUCUGGGGUUAUUGUAGUUUUUUCGAAUAGAAUACUGUAGCUUCGUUUUUUGUAGCCCAGAUUACUGUAGUCGAGAAAAUGUUUUGCAGUUCGGGUUACUGUAGCUUUUCUGCUGAAUUAUUUUACCGUUUGGACUACGGUAAGUGGUUCCUACAGUAACCCGAACUGCAAGCAUUUUUUCUAGUUUUUUGCACUCCAGAUCACUGUAGCUAAUCUCUGGCCUACAGUAACCCGCACUACACAAAUUAGAAAAGUAAUUUGCAAGUUUUGAAUGUCACAAGAAGCUACAGUACCCCAAACUGCAAACAAUUUUUGCUAUUUUUUGCAAAAAGCUCAGAAAAAAUAUUUUUUUGCAGUUCGGAUUACUGUACUACAGUAACCCGAACUGCAAAUUUUUUACGAAUUUUUGGUUUCAGACUCGGAAUAUUUUGCGAUCGUCAGGGAGUUACUCGAACCUCGUAUCACAUGGAGCUGAUGUCGAAUCUGAUGAAUUCGGAAUUUUAUCCAAGAGAUGUGAGUUGAGAGAGAGAGUGAGAGACGCAGAGAGGCAGAUGGUUAGGGACGCAGACAGCUAUGGUUAGAGACGCAGAGUGCCAGACGGUUAGGGACAAACAUUGCGAGAUACAGACAGCUAGAACUAAUUCUAGAGUAAUAGACACAUGGUUAGAGACGCAGAGUGUCAGACAGGCAGAGUGCUAGAGACGCAGACAGCUUCUCUGAAUCUCAAAUUCAAUUCUGUUCCAGUUCCUAUCGGAUGUUUCAAUUGUCACUACAAUCUCCGCUUUAAGAAGUCUGCUCCAACAAUGGAUUGGAUCUGAAAGAUCAGAAUAUUACCAACAAAAUCCGCAUUUUUGUCAGAAUUUUGGCGGGAAAUUGUAUUUUCAUACAAUCUCGGAUUUCACCUCGCCAAUUGGAACUUCGAUGAAUAUGAUACAUAAAUAUAGAAUUACUGGAUCGAGGGGAACUUGGUGAGUGGGGUUUGGGGAGAGGCAGAGACGCUAGAGGGCUAGAGAUGCAGAGAAAGUGGCUCCAAACUUCUGAGAGCUUUUUUACUUUAGAAAAAUCUAAUUUACAAAAUUAUUCGUGUUGAGAAAAUUCACUGUUUCAAAAUUUCUAAAUUUUCCAAACAGAAAUUUUAAGAUGAUAUUGUGUACAUUUUCUUCUUUUUACAAAAAAUGUAUGAUAUUUGAAAAGAGAAAUUUUAAGUUAAUAAUAAUUUGUUUUCAAUUUCACAAAAUUAUCCACUUGUAUAAAUUCCAAAAAAAAAUCACUGUUACAAAAAUUUUACUAAUUUUGAAUAUUUUUUUUUUCGGAUCGAUUAAACGAUUUAUUUUAAAUUUUUGAAAAAAAAAAAGUUUUUGAAAAAUUUCACAAAUUUUUUUAAUGAAGAUUUGUUUUCGCUCAUCGAUCGAAUUAUCUUUUGUUCCGAUUAUUUUAUGCAAAUUUUUUGUUGUGAAUUAAAAAAAUAAUUUUAAAAAAAUUCACUGUUUUAAACAUUUCUCAAAGAAAUCUAAACAAAAAUUGAAGUUAUUAGUAUUUUUUCAAUUCAGCAGAAAAAGUUAUCGAAAAAUUCACUGUUUCAAAAAUUUAUGAAAUUUGAAACCAGAAAUUUUAAGUUGAUAAAUUUGUACUUUCAUACUUCACAAAAACAUCCACUGAAUUUCAGUUUUUAGAGGAUAAAUUCCGAAAAAAAAUAACUGUUUAAAAAAUUUCACUAAUUUUGAAUAAUUUUUUCUCGAAUCGAUGAAACGAUUUAUUGUAUAUUUUGAAAAAAAAUUUGUUUUUGAAAAAUGCACUGUUUCAAAACUUCCACAAUAUUCAAUGAAUUUAUUUCAUAGUGAUUUUCGUGGUAUAGUGAAUAAAAAAAACCUCUAGAAAAAAUAUCCGAAAAAAUUCACUGUUUCAAGCAAUUGGGAAAUUUUGAAACUGUUUUUCGAAUUAAUGCUAAUUCUUUUUCUUCACCAGAAUAUUUGAUAAAAACUUUCCGUUCUGAAAUUUCUAUUAGAAAAAUUCACCAAAUAAAUUUUGAAAAAAAAUUAAAAAAUUAUUCGUGUUGAGAAAAUUCACUGUUUCAAAAAUUUAUGAAGUUUGAAAAGAGAAAUUUUAAGUCAAUAAUAACUUGUUUUCAACUUCACAAAAUUAUCCACUUGUAUAAAUUCCGAAAAAACUCACUGUUUCAAAAAUUUCACAAAUUUUUUUAAUGAAGAUUUUUUUCGCUAAACGAUUGAAUUCUGUUUCGUUUAUUUUAUGAAAACUUUUUGUUGUGAAAUAAAAAAAAAUAUUAUCAAAAAAAUUCACUGUUUCAAAAAUUUAUGUAAGUCGAAAAUAAAAAUAUGAAUUUAGUACUGCCUUUAAUUCUGUCGGAAAAUGUCAUCAAAAAAUUAACCGUUUCAAAAAUUCUAAAUUUUACCAAACAGAAAUUUUAAGUUAAUAUAGCAUAUAUUUUCUUUGCAGAAAAACGAUUGAAAAAAUUCACUGUUUCAAAAAUUCAUGAAAUUUGAAAACAGAAAUUUUAAGUUGAUAUAAUUCUGUUUUCAUACUUCACAAAAACAGCCACUUGUAUAAAUUCCGAAAAAAAUCGCUGUUUCAAGAAUUUGGGAAAUUUUGAAACUGUUUUCGAAUUAAUGAAAAUUAUUUUCUUCUGCAGAUAAAUUUUGAAAAAAAUCACUGUUUCAAGUAAUCAUGAACUUUCUAAACAGAAAUAUGAAAUCAAUAAUAAUUUUUUUCAAAUCUUCGCAAAAAUAUUCACUGUUUCAAAAAUUCUACAAUAUUCAAUAAAUCAAUUUCAAAAUGAUUCCACAGCAUUUUGUUGAAGAUAUAAAUUUUGCAGGUCAGAAUACUUGAAUAACUGGAAUUUCGGAAUCGCAAAACUUCGUCUCCAAAAUGGAAUUGUGAUCGCUUAUACUUAUCGAUUUGACGCAAUUUUUCGGGAAAAACCAAUCGAUAUUAUGCUAAAUUCAAAGCAACUCGAUUUUUUGUUUAUUGGAGCGAUUUUGACUGGAAAAGAUGUUUUUAUUUAUCGGGUAAGAGUUUGAGCUCAAAAUUUUAGGUGAAAUUCGAAAAUUCAAAAAAAAUGCCACGUGGAAAUUUUGAAACUGAGUUUUGAAAAUUAAAAAAUUUGGAUUUUUUCGCGCAAAAAUUCAAAAUUAAAUUUCACAUGGCUAUAGUUUUUCAAAAAAAAUGUUUUUGAACCAAAUUUGAAAAUUCUAGAACUCAGAAUAUGAUGCCACGUGGAUUUUUAGCUUUAAAUUUGAUGCCACGUGAUUUCUGAGCUUAAAAUUUAAUGCCACGUGAUUUCCAAGCCUGAAAUUUUCAGAAAUUUCAAUGCCACGUGGUUUCUGAGCUGGAAAAUUUCUCAAAAUUCCAUAUUUUUCCAGAGAAUCCACGUCACCAACACAUCAUUCCUUCACUCAAAAUUGAGCUAUCAAAAAUUGUGGAAUGAACUUUGUGAAGAAUCCAAAUACGGUCUCGAAAUGAUGUUUUCCAUUGAUCUUCCCGAAUUUUUCUCGGAUUUAUUGAAAAAAAGUCGAAAUUUGGAAGGAGUUUAUUCACUUUCAAAUGUUUUCAAAGAAUUUCGAUUAUUGCGGAAAUAUGGAAGAUGUCCGCUGAUUUUUUGA